AUGCAAGAAAGAACUUACUCUGAGAAAGACGAGGACAAAAGGAUAAAGACCUGGUAUAUAAAGAACAAAAUAGCACCAGCAGUAUCUGAAAUAGAGAUGUUUCACAUGGACCUUCUCUUUGAGGAGCUGAAGAAGUGUGCGGGGACUUUGUUUUCUCUUCUCCCGUACCCGGAUUUGCUGAAUUUGCGGCUAUUCUCCGCGCUGAAUGCUCACUUGCGGCUAAAUACGAAGAAACCACUGACAAAGGAGGAGGAAUGCCUGCUCAGGCUAUACCAGGGAGUGCUUUAUAGGGACCUGCAGGACGUUGGGAAGCACUUUAUGGCUGUCUACAACGAAGGCUUCUAUGGUUGUUCCCUGGAUACUCUCACUAUUGCCCGGAAUGAUGCAGAUAUGGCACAGGGGAGAGUGCUCAGCCUGCUCCUAGACGGUGGGAGUACUCGGUCGGAUGAGCUUAUCGCACAGGGAGAGGCUGAGGAUCUGGAUAAUGCCGAACUAAACACUGAGUUUAAGCGGCUUCUCUCUGAAUUUGCCUCGAAGUAUCCGGAUACAGAGUUUGUGGAACACGGAAUACUUGAGAAGGGAGCAGACUAUUACAAGAUGUACUGUAACAAGUGGAUUUACAAGGCACUGAAGAGUGUUGAGUCGAUUCGCGUGUGCGAGAAGAAGGAGGAAGCCAAGAAGCACUGCAGGUCCAUAGCAGAUGCCAAGAACAGGGAGACGCCCGUCCUGGAGAGAUUCCAGAAUAAAUUCGAAAUGGUCAUGGAGGAUGACACCUUAGCUCGGGUUAAAGUGGAUCCAAGCACAUUCGUAGUAUUUCUAUCCCGGCUGAAACUGGUUAAAGACGUCUCCCUGCGCAAAAGAUUCAGGGAAGAAUGGGCAAAAUGCGAGGAGGAAGGGAGUUUUUUGCUUACUAAUCUCGUGGAUAUGCUCUGGCUUCGUGCUGUGAAGGGAUUUCUCCCCAUGAUAAACCUCCCGGGAGAGUUAGAGCCUUCUUACAGGGAGGGAGUAAACCCAAAGAAAAGCCUCCAGGAGAGUAUAAAAACUAUCGGGGGAAUUCCUUCUGAUAACUUAUACGACUUGAUGGAUAAGCUCUUUUCGGGGGCUUUAAACAUGCUUAGGAAGCGGCCGUUGGAUUCUUUUUUCAAGUGCAGAGACGCAGAAGAGAGGACAAUAUACCUCGUAAAUGGCGUGAGAGACUUUAGCGAGGACUCAGAGCUGAUCUCUAAAUUUAAGGCGUACAUUUCCUCCCACAGCCAGGAUAACUCCGACAUACUCCAUGAGAAUACGGAAAUAAUAUCCAGCUGCCUCUCAAAGCUGGGCCUAAACCACAUGGAGAGUUUUAAGCCCUUCCUGUACGAAGGUCUUAGCCUGGAUAAUGCCACGCAAAAAGACCUUCUUGAGAGAGUUUUCCACCGCAUAGAAAAAUCCCCCUUCUACAGGCCGAUUAAAACGCCUGUAAAAAAGCAGAAAAACCCGAAUUUAGAGCUGGCCUCGAUACUACUGGCCCUGAAAAACAACGAGAAGUUUUUCGUCCUGGAGAGUGAAUUAGAAAAUGCAGACCCUGGAGUGGACCAGGUGGAUUCUAAGUUCUCCAAGGAGUUCAGGAAGUUCUUUUUUUUGGGAGGUAUUCUUGCAGCGUGUCUUUUAUCUUUUAAGAGACUUUCAGCGGAUUCCUCCCGGGUCUGUGUGGAAGAUGAUGCGGAGUCGUGCGGGUUUCAAAAGCCGGCCCGAGAAUAA